UACAGAGAAAUACACUUCUUCAACACACUUCAACUACUCAAAAUAAAAUCACACUAAUCACAAAAACACAAACAAGCAGAACACACCAAUACAAUACAAUACAAUACAAAACAAUACACUAAAAAAACACAGACACUGAAUUACAAGAUUACCCAAUUACAAGAUGACAAGUCUUUCGCGAUUAACCACAUUGUCUCAAGCAAAUGUCGCCACCUCUCAUCAUCGCACAAUCCGAAUCCAUGAACACAAGAAAUGGAAGCGAAUCCUCGAGCAAGCUUAUCCAUUGCCUCCGGCUCCACCAGAGAUGUGUCGCGAUGCGUUUCUUGAGGAGCUACUAAAACCUUACGAAUCGGAAUCGUACAGCAAAACCAUCGAUACUGAGGAUAGUAUCUUGAACAAAGUGCAAUUCGGCGAGAUUACCGAAUUGGGGGGAAAUUAUUUCAAUGCCGAAGAGAAGCUAUUGAAUAUUCGAGUGUUAUUCGGUGAUAAACUCAAAAGAAGUUCCAUAUCGGCAAAGGACUCCGUAGCAACGGAUUCAUUGCCGUAUGGCCCUGAUUUGAAUAAACUGAUGAAGGAACGUUAUGGCAACAUUGCCUCGGCCAUUGGCUAUUUUGCUGUCAUUUUUCAGUUGCAGACGCUCAAGCAUCGUAUGAACAUGUUUAAAGAACGUUGGCGAAUGGAUCUCUCGAUCGACAAAGAACUGCGUUUAUUCGGUUGGUCCAUCAAAGAUUACUUACAACGCUUCUCUCAGCCCAAUCUUGUGUAUUUGGACACUGUCGAGCGAUUGUUGGGCAAACAAAUCGAGUGCUUUAAAUUCCGCAUGGACUUGAAAGAAAUCAAUCGCCUGAUCGACUGUGUCAUCGAUGAUGUUCGUACUAAACGCAAUAUUUGCAAUGGUUCCAUGGUGUUGAUAAAGGAUGCUGAGAUGGACAUCGAGGUGCUGUUGACCAACUCACAAAAAGAAGCUACUGAGGAACAUGCAAAAGUCGCUAAAGCUGCAGCUAAUAUGCCACGUUCAGCGGAUCCAUUUGGAAGACGCGCCAAGGCAAUUUAUUCGAAAAUUAAUCACUUCGAUUUUGUUUAUCCCAUCGAGGCACGUUAUCGCAUUAACUGGACCCAAACCACCAUGGAGCAGUCUAUUCUUAAAGUUGAUUUUGAUGAAAAGCGUUUAAGCGACGAACUUAACGGCAUCAAGCAGCAGAUCGAGGAAGUAAGAAGCCUAUGGAAAAUCAGCAGUGUGGCAUACAACGCUCAGAUAUAUUCCUUAAAGAAUUCCAUUAUGGAUAGGGAAUUACAGUACGAGGAGAACUUGGAAUUAGCUGAAAGUCAGAUACAGAUGACACGUCUACGCUUAGGCAAAGCCAAAGACGAUCUCAAGUACUACAAGGAACAAAUUCCCAUGUUCCAUAGGAAAAUUGCCGAAGUGCAGAAGAUUUUGGCACUUCAAGAGCUAGAAAAUAGAAAAUCCUCGCGCGCUUCAAGAAAGUCGAGUCGCAAGUCAUCUGGGGCUAAAUUGCUAAUGAAGGCUAAGAAGUAACAUUGAUGGACAUUUUACACAAUGAAAUUCAUACACACAUUUAGCUUAACGUUUAGCUACAAUAAAAUUUAUUAAUACCAGAA